AUGUUCCGUUCCUGGCUGUCUUAUAGAACUUUAUUGACGGGAGAUGAAAUGGCCGCCAGGCCAGUAACAUGUGGCGUUCCACAGGGAUCCGUCCUCGACCCCGCACUAUGGAACGUGUCCUAUGAUGGACUCCUGGAUAUGCAAGUCCCGCCUGGUGUCCAUCUGAUGGGCUUCGCGGAUGACUCGGCCAUCAUAGGAGUGGCCAGGACUGGUCCGCUGCUCGAACACGUGCUUAACCCCACGCUAGCCCCUAUUGAUGCAUGGACGCUACUGAGGGGCCUACAGCACGCACAUCAUAAGAGUGAAGCUGUUCUCCUGACGAACAGGCGAGCGUUCGUGGUCGGCGGACAUGAGAUCAAAAUUGAAAACCUAACCUAA